UGGAGACCUGAAGUGCCUCAACGAGCUGCCGCUGCCACGAGUCGAGCUUGCCCUUUACUGAUUCAUCUGGAAUUGGGGGUGUGACAUUAUAUUCUCAGCAUGUUUGCAUUUAAACGGGGAAAGUUAUUGUGGAGAUACAAGAGGAGCAGCUGACGAAGGUUCCAUCUCUGGAGUUGAGUGUGUUUCAGUGGGAGCUACAAUCAGGUGGGACAGACCCGUGAGUUGGGAUUGACCAGCGUGGACAUCUGUCUCCUGAGGGGACAAGGGACACAGGACACAGACAGACAUGAACGUGCUGGCGAGGUGCGUUCUUCAGGGAACCAGUCGAGCGUUUUAUUGGAGACAUGGAGAAACCAGUAAGGAGCUUGUUUCUAGGUCUGCAGCCAGUCUGCCGUGCGGAUUCAGGAGCAAAUCAAGUUUGCCAGAUGUCAGAGAGCAGACCCUCAUCGCUGUGAAGCCGGAUGGAGUCCACCGACGUCUUGUAGGCCAAAUAAUGCAGCGGUUUGAGCAGCGAGGCUUCAAGCUGGUUGGUCUGAAGAUGUUACAGGUGUCUGAGGAUCUCCUGGCUCAGCACUACUGUCAUCUGAGGACAAAGCCCUUCUACCCCAGUCUGCAAGAGUACAUGACCUCAGGGCCCGUGGUCGCCAUGGUGUGGGAAGGGCACAAUGUCAUCCAGACUUCACGCAUCAUGGUGGGACACACUAACCCAGCGGAGGCCCAGGCCGGCACAGUCAGAGGAGACUUCAGCAUCCAUGUCAGCAGGAACGUAGUCCAUGCCAGUGACUCCCGGGAGGGGGCGGAGAGGGAGAUCCAGCUGUGGUUUCAGGGUAAAGAGCUUCUGAACUGGGAAAGCUGUGACCAGACCUUCACCUGCGAGCCGUGAAGACAGAGCUGAAAGCAAAGAGAAUCACUUGUGGUGCCUCAAAACAAUUCAGUGUUCCUGCCCAAAAAAUUAAAUGCACUAACUCUAUAGUCACAACGAUUUUUUUUUAUCAAAUAGAUGAGUUUUUACUAAUAACUUUAAAAUUCAAGCUAUGCACUCAGCUUAGAAAUAUGUAUAUAAAUACUUGCAUGAGACUCGCUGCGGAGGAAUAUGGAGUAAAUUGUAACAUUCUUUUUAUUAUUAUUUAACAAAUGAUAUCUGAUACGUUUGUGUUUAGGGUAUUAAAUAUAGGAGUAUUGAGUGUAAUUAUAAAGAGCAAUUUAUUGAACUUGAAACCACCGUGGAGCAGAAUAUAAAUAAACAAUUGAACAGCAGAAUGUAAACCAAAGUCAGGAAUCGUGUGUUUACACUGGAACAGUUAACCUCAGGUGAAUGUUAUUGGUUGAGAUGUACUCACACACACAGACACACAGACAGACAGACACACACACACACACACAGAUCAUUUUGCACUCAGUAUCAACUGUGAAAUAAAUCAUUCAUAAUAGAAUUCUUCACAUACAUUUUGUAUUAUGUAUUUUAAUCAUAGAAAACACAGCUGUUAUACAAAAAUAUAUAUAUUGUUUAAGCUGCCACAUCCACAGCAACAUAUCCCUUAUAUCCCUCAUAUAAAUGCUGAUCUGAUGUGCACCACAAUGCAACAUUUUUAAUCUCAUUGACUGAAAUUGUGUAUAUUUAUGACGUACAAUAAUUUAAGUGUAUUUGUCUGCAGCAAGCAACAUUGUCUGAAUGCAGGUUGACGUUAAUGCAAUAAAAACUAUGAUUCACUCAA